GUAGACGUGAGACUUGUGUUCAGUUCAACAUGAUCACGGCAGCAGCACCGGUGUCGUGUCCUCUGUGAGUGUACCAUUCUAUCAUUCCUUUUGAAACCAACGCAGCCAUGGCGUCUGGAACACUUUACACGUAUCCGGACAACUUUCGGGCCCAGAAAGUGUUGAUUGCGGCACAAUACUCCGGUGCCAAUGUUAAGGUCGAUCCAGCUUUUGUUUUCGGCGAAACAAACAAGAAGGAAGACUUUCUGAAGAAAUUCCCUCUUGGAAAGGUCCCAGCUUUUGAAACCAGCGAUGGUAAAUUCUUAAGCGAGAGCAAUGCCAUUGCUUUUUAUGUGUCCAACAAGCAGCUUCGCGGAAGCAGUGACCUGGAACAAGCUCAGGUCCAGCAGUGGCUCUCUUUUGCCGACAGCGAAAUCCUGCCGGCCUCCUGCACAUGGGUCUACCCCGCAAUUAGUAUCAUGCAGUUUAACAAACAAUCCACCGACCGUGCCAAGGAGGACGUGAAGAGAUUGCUGCAAGCCCUGAACAGCCACCUGCUGACCAGGACGUACCUGGUCGGUGAGCGUAUCACCCUGGCUGACAUUGCCGUGAGCACCUCCCUUCUGAACCUGUACCAAUUCGUGCUCGACGCCAACUUCAGAAAGCCCUACCAGAAUGUCAACCGCUGGUUCACCACCCUGGUCAAUCAGCCGCAGUUCAAGGCUGUUGUCAAGGACUUCAAACUCUGCGACACUGCUGACGAGUUUGACGCCAAGAAAUUCGCCGAGUUCCAGGGAAAGAGUGGUGGUGCCGAGCCCAAGAAGGAGGGUGGCAAGAAGCAGAAGAAGAGCGAGUCUGAGAAAGAGCCCAAGAAACAGGAGCCCAAGAAGAAGCAGGAGAAAGAGAAGGAGCCUGAAAACGAGCCUGACGCAGCCGAUGAGGCCCUGUCUCUUGAACCCAAACAGAAAGACCCCUUUGCUGAUAUUCCUGCAGGAACUUUCAACUUGGACGAGUUCAAGCGUUGUUACUCAAAUGAAGAUGAGUCUGUUUCCAUUCCCUUCUUCUGGGAAAAGCUCGACAAGGAGAACUGGUCUAUUUGGAUUGGCGAAUACAAAUACAACGACGAGUUAGAGAAAGUCUUCAUGAGCUGCAACCUCAUCACUGGAAUGUUCCAGCGUAUUGAGAAACUGAAGAAAAAUGCGUUCGCCUCAGUGUGCCUCUUCGGCACUGAUGGCGACAGCUCAAUCUCUGGAAUUUGGGUUUUCAGAGGCCAAAAACUUGCUUUUGAGCUAAGCCCUGACUGGCAAACGGACUAUGAGAGCUACAAAUGGACUAAGCUGGAUGCCAACAGCCCAGACACUAAGAAACUUGUUAAUGAAUACUUUUCUUGGUCAGGCGCUGAUUCCAAGGGAAGGAAGUUCAAUCAAGGAAAGAUCUUCAAAUAAAGAGUGUACCUUUGCGUCUCUAACACAAACUGUUUCAAUGAUGAAUAAAUUAUGGCAUGAUUAAUUUUUA